AUGCGCAUUCUAGGCCAGCUAGGGGCGGUCAAAGCGAUCAUGGAUGGAACGGCACCAAUCAAAAUGUCCAAAGUUCAUCGCAGCGACGGUAAACUUGUCAUGCCAUCGGCGCUCACUUUCCCGAUCUUGAACACCAGGUUGAAGGACAACAUGCUGCCCAACAAGACCGUGUCGCGGAUCGACCAAACAGAUUCUGGCGUCAUUUUACAUUUUCAAGACGGUUCUUCCUACCACGGGGACGUGGUCGUUGGCUGUGAUGAUGUCAAUAGCAAAGCAUCGACUCGGAGCGAGAUGUGUCGCCUUGCUAGCGAGAAGGAUCCAGACCACUUCUUAACGUGGAAGCAGAAGAUAAUGAGUGCUGAAUUCAACUGUCUUUUCCGCAUAUCUGACCCCGUACAUGGUCUCAUUGAGGAAACUGUCGACACCGUUUUUGACAACGGCAGGUCCAUGCUUGUGAUCACUGGAAAACAUGGACGGGUGUUCUGGUUUUACCAUGAGAAGUUGGACAAGGUUUAUUAUACAGAUGCCGAAGAUUUCCCACGGUGCUCUCAAGCAGAUGCGGGAAAGCUUGCGCACAAAAAUGCCUGGCGACCUAUCACCGAGACUGUGACAGUGGGAGACAUAUGGGAAAAGCGUGUGACCUACACACUGGUGCCAUUGGAGGAGGCCCUGUUCGACGCGUAG